CUAAUAAUUAGCACAGUGUAUGGGGUCGUGGUAAUUGCCGUAACUUGGCCCGUUGCUGUGGCGCCGAGCAUGAAAACCAUUCACUGCAGCAACAGCCACAACUUAACUCCCCGCCCCUGCUAAAACUUAGGAACUGCUGAGCGGGUUGUUACGUCUACUCUCUCACGUUUGAAGAAUUGCUGAUGCUCAGAGAUUUUGUUGGGAAAGUUUUGGUUGGGUUGGCUUGAAGGGUCGCCAUGGAGUUUGACACGGCGGUUCGGCUCUGAGGAACUCGGGACACCUCGGCUCUGAGGAACUCGGAAGUCAGACGACAGGUUCACCGUCUGUGACCACCUCCCAUUUCUUCUCCAGGUUAAUAAUGAUGUGGUGAUGGCAGAGUUCAGCUACACGGUUUCUGGGAGCGGGAAGAUUCGGGAGCUGGAGUCAGAGCUUCAGCAGGAGCUGGAGGACCUGAAGGCAGAUAUUGAGGAGAAUGAACUUCUCUCAGGACAGCCCAACAGGAGCAUCAGUUCUGUUCCGUGGCCAAAGAGUCAUGAGCACUUCUGCAGGGAGCGACAGCUGGCCUUUGACAAGGCUCUACAGGUUACAGGGGCACGCCCACUCCUGGUGCAGGCAGAGGUGUUGCAGGAAGAAAUGGAAGGAUGUCUGAAGAAGGAGUACACAGCAGAGAGCCUUCCCCUGCUGCUGCACCAGUUUUACCUGGACCGAAUCCAGGAGCUGGUUCAGUGUAAACACAUGCACAUGCUGCGGUGGAAGAGGUUCUGUCGACACACCAAUGUGAUGGAGACCAUGUACCCACACUAUCACAGCAGGCUUGACCAGAUCAUGGGUGAGUACCGGGAUGCGUUGGAGCGAGCCCAGCGGCUAUCAGUGGUGAGAGAAGCCCUUCUUGCAGGUAAUCCUGCUCAGCCCUGCAGCCAGCUGACACCCGAAGACCUGCAGAUCUACCUGCGCUGGCUCACCUGUCAUCUGCACUCCAUCAGGAAGAUCUGUGCUUAUGUUAAGGUGCUGCAGUGGCUCCCAGCGACGUACAAGUCGUCCAUUGCACCCCCUCCACUGGAGGCUGAUGGUGAUGAGGAUGGUGACGCUAUUGUGCUGAAACACCAGCGAGAAGACCCCACCCCAGGGAUCCAUGUCCCUUCCCCGGGGAGACGCUCCCCCCGCCCCCUGUCGGGCGUGUCGGUGACUUCAGCAGGACGUGUUGUUCCCCCUGCUAUCCCUGCCAGCAUGACCUCCAUGCCAGGCUCAUCCCUACUGCCAGAAAUGGCUGCUGCAGGUGGUGGGCUGGCAUCUAACCAGACGACCCUUGGUCUGCCGCUGCACCUCAUGGACUUUGAAGACCUCCGACCUCUGCUGGAGUUCCUGUUAACCUGCUACAACAUCAGCAUGGACAUGAACCAGAUUGUGACAAGUGCAGAUGAAAUGGAGCUGUUUUCUCAUGUCAACCGCAAGUUUAAAACUCUCUUCAACAAACAGGAGCAGUACAAAACCUUCCCAACAUACGACAGAGUUGAGGCUGGAGCAGAUGCCUGGGGAGCUGACAAACCUUCCCACUCACUCCGUAAGGACUGUCCUUGGCGGCCGUUUGUCAGAAUCAGACCACAGAAGGAGCCGUUCCAACAAAAGAUGAUGACAAAACUUCGUCAGGAGAAUAACAUUGAUGAGCUACUCCGGGCACAGUGCAAGUUUCUGGAAGUUCCUGAUGUAGAGAAAGUGCUGGAGUCACUGCGAGAACAUGCCAUUGCUGUCCGGGACCCACCACCAAUUAUCGAGGUCUCCGUGACUUCUCAUCGCAGCACGCAGGCUACCAACACACAAGUGCUGUGGCAGAAAAUCUACACCAAUCCUGAACUGGACAGGAAGUCGAGUAAAGAAGACGAGUUGGACCUGGUAGACAUUGAUGAGAAGAACGUGGAUAAUGUGGACCUGACGAGCAAGGCGCGGACAGGCAGCGGGCGGAAACGCCAGGAGAGCUACGACUACGGGAACACGAUGCAGAUGCUGGGGUUGGACGAGGGGGACGACACGAGCCACGAGCCGAGCGUCAUGCAGGGGGCGUACCUGUCGUUUCUGUACCUACGCCACCUGCGACUCAGGGACCUGAAGAGAUCGUGUUUGAGCAUCCUGAACUACUUCUGUUCCGUGGAGAGAACCCUGACCAUUAACGAGAGAGGCCUGUCCCUGGAGGCAGGGCACCUCAAGAGCAGUAACCAGAGUUCAGCAGGGAUUGGAUCUCAUCACUAUGUACAUAACACACCUGCAGAUUACAGGUUAAACGAGAUGGAGUUUAUGGAGUUCUCAGACAUCGAGAACCACGACGACUUCUACACGUACGAGGAGGGGCGGAUCCACGUGCAGGACCAGCGGGGGUUCUACGUCAUGUACGACCACGCCAUUGACGCACUCAGGGAACUUGAACAUGACCUGCUGCUUGUUGCCAGCCACUUCAUUGAGAAGGACAAGGAGAACCGAGAGCUGGAGACGAGAACGGGAUCAGCGCUGAGGAGACAGCAGUCAGUGGGGGGAGUCAACCUGUCAGCGUACGGCCACGUCCCUGUGGACAGGUUUGCCGUGCUGCUGGACCUGUGGACCAAUGAGGCCAUGUACCUGGAGAGUAAACGGCAGCUGCUGGACUGCUACCUGGAGGCGUACCAUCACGUGUUUGAUACGCAGGAGAAGCAGGAGCUGUCUGCUGUCAUGACAACAGUGAUGAACCAGCGGCCACGGAUAGACUUCACACUUGACUACUUUGUGAAGACUUACCGUGCAGAGUGUGUCGUGUUGAGACUCCAGGCCCAGCUUGUCAAGUCUGUGCUGGACAAACAGAUUGAGGAACAGCGUGACUACGUGGGGAAGCUGACAGAGGGAAGAGCGUUUGAGUUUGGGCUGCCUCCAAAAAUCAUCCCCAAACAGCCUGUGGCCAUCAACUUCAGCAAACCAGCCCUGAAACAUGUCUACAUGCUGGAGUUCCACCCGUCGCUAGGUGUGGCUAGCCGGAUACCACAGGCAAUCAACCAUGCCUUCUGGGAGCUGAUAUACAUGAACAAGGCGAGUGUGAAGACGUCUACCCAGAUGAUCUCCCUGGAGCACCAGAUCCUUGAGGCAGCCCUUAAGGAGUGGGAGAAGAUGGAGCCCCUUGGUGCAGCAUACUCCCCUCAGCUGCAAGCAGACAUGUUUUCAGACAUUUUUGUGGACAACCCUGCUUUCCUGUGUGAGAUUGGGAACGAGCUAGUCAGCCAGGAGGAGAGUGCUGGGGGGCAGAGGCGCACGGCUAAGGAGCGACGCACAACCAUGCUCAAUGUCUGGUCUAAACUGUUGGAGGUGGUGACAGUUCGGCAUCGCCUACUAGAGGCAGCCUGGGAGUCCAGCAUCCUCUCCACGCUGUAUAAGCAGUCAGCGUUUGAGAUGGGGUUUGAUGAGUACCACACUUACCUGCGCAUGGUUCAGUUUGAGUUUGCCUCCCGGAAAGAAAACAUCGACACUGGUCCCAUCUUCAUCACCGCAGUCAUGGAGGAUGAGUCAAUCGUUGACAGGUACCUCCCCGGCUCCCUGCCACUUGCGAUACAUGAGUUGGAUGAGAAACACCUCGGCAUGUUCUCCUUCAGGACUAAAGAAGCCAUUGUCAAGCUGAUGACAGGGACAGCCCUGGAUAACCUGCAGGUUGUGCUGCUGUGCCAGGUUGUCCACAAGAACGCCCUUCUGUGUGCCGUGCAGCAAGCUAAUGUCUGCUGGCAGCAGAAGGACUUCAGUAAGGGAGAUGCAGAGAGCAGGAGUGGCACCAAGUCUCCCACAGAAACGUUAAGUCUGCACAGCUCCCUGACAGCGACCACUGCUGUUUCUGCGGGAGGGGGGCUUGGUGUAGGCAGCUCCGCUUCCGCAUUCGCUGCCAAGCUGCGCUCCAAGAUGGACAAGGAGAAGCGUUCUCCAGAGGCCUUCAUCUCCCUGCAGCUAGAAAAGGCUCCGUGUCGAGACCUGAUGCUUAAUGAGUUCCUACAGAAGAAGACUGCCAUGUCCACCAUACUGAAAAACCCUGAGGAGGUGGCAAAACUGAAAAGAUCCUUACUGACAACAUUUUGCCAGAGGUUCCACCAGCGUGUGCUGCAGUACUCCCUCCGCAGUCAGAUCAUCGCCUACAUUAACAGUCUGGUGGCUCUGCUGGAGGAGUUUCCUGAUAUCAAGGAGAACUACUUCCUGAUUGGCACAGCAAACGAAAGGAAAACAGACCAAGACGAUGUGCAGGGUCUGAUACCGGAUGCCAGGGUGAUGAAGAAACGCCCAAGACGGAUCUUAACAGCUGACGGAGCAUCCCUGGUCAACUUGUGGUUCAUUCCACAUCACUCUGAGGUCCUUGUCAUGUUCAAGUCUUCAGAUGAGGAAACCUGCACAAAGGCCCUGCGUCUGACCCUGAGAAUAGUGUCCAUGCUGCAUGACAUAUGCCACUACCUCUGUGCUCACUCCAAACUGGGCAGUAACACCACCAUGGCAGGAUCGGAACCCAGAGGCUUCGUCACUGCAGAGUGGGGAGGUGUGGAGGGCAUCGGUGCCGACCUGCGGGAAAUCCAGAAGCAGCUGGAGCACCUGCCUGACCCACAGGACCCGCAUCAGGUGGCAGAUUUCCUGCAGCUGCGCAGAGACGUCAUGUUCCUGGAGUUUGAUGCAGCGAUACGACACUGCAUCCGGCACACUUUCCUGACAACAGGCAACACGGAUGCUUACAGGGCAGUAACAGACAACAUGCAGUUUGGACUGGGGAAACUGAGCAGUGAGCUACAGCCCAGUCUGUACAACAUGUCCCUGCCCCUGCCACAGCCACUACAGGCUACUGAUGCUCAGGCUCUGGAACUGUUUCCAUGGAGAACAUUCCAACACAGAUUUGGACCAUUCCCAGGACUGUUCCCCCAGUGGCACCAGAUUGAGCACAACAUGCAGCUGUGUCUGGCAGGACUCACCGAUGUUGACAGGGCUGGAGCUAAUGGAGAGAUCCUGGGUGUGUCAUUGCUGAUGGAGGACAUCCUAGUGAGUGGGUCUCCUGGCGCCAUCUCCAUGGAGCGUGUGGAAGACUCGGAUGAUGAGGGCGACCAGUCUGCGAGGAAGGCUGCAGAGAAGGGGAACAAGUCACGACCCAUGAGCAGCAUCAGUGGCUACGCUCCCUCUGUCAAGAGUGGGAAGAGUGAGGCUCCUGAGAAGAAGCCCCUGUCUCGGCGGGAACACCCCCUGGAGGCCCACCAGCUGCUUAAGGACUUCCUGUUGCUAUGGAAACGCCUGGAGGCCUUCAAGCAGGAGUGGGGGGAGCGGAAACUGGCAGUGAGCAGCCUGGAGAACCCCCGGGACUACAGACUCUUCUGUAAAAUGUACAAAGCUGAGAUUCACUACCCGGUGCUGAGGAGUCUGGCCAGGAGACUGGGGCAGGGUGAUGACUAUGACGGGAUGGUGUCCGACGAUGAACCACUGGUGAUGCCAAAGGGAGCAUCGGAGUUCGAGACCAGAGUGCAGCAGUUGUUGAAACUGCUGGACAACUUGGAGUGUCACAUGAUCUACGAGGUGCGUAAGAAGAUCUCCAAGGAACACGGGCUGGUACUGAAUGAGCGGGGAAGGGAGGAGACAGCCCUGCCAACAGACCUGUGGAAACGACCGGCCAUGAAGGAGAGUUUCACCAUUGCCAAGCCCCACCUGGUGGAAGACUUCUCCCAAGCCUUGAUGUCCUCAUGUCAGGAAAACGGAACCUCCAUCACCUUCUCCAAGGAGCAUCUUCAGACUUGUCUGUCCCAGCUGGCCUCGGCUGUGAUGGGCCGGGAGAGAACCACCUACGAGAGCUACACCAUGUUUUAUGAGAACCUGCUGAGGCAGUACCAUCAGCUGAUGUACCAGAAGGAACAGGAGCUGAAGCACUGUAGUUCAGGUGCAGGAGAGCCCCCUGGCGACUCCCUGGUGGAAGUGCAGUGUCAGCUGGCUGACAGAUAUGGGGAGCUGAUCCUGGAGAUCACUGCGCUGCGUGCCAAGGUCGCGGAGAUGCGUGAGAUGACCUUCACACAGGAGCGGGACAUCCGUGAGCAGGUCAAGUGCGAGUACGAUGAGCUGGUCGAGGACCUCUUCUCCUCGCAGUUCGAACUCAUGAAGAAGUUUGAUGACUUCAGACUGAACCUACAUGACAUCCUGUGUGAGAAGGUGGCAGAGACCAGGGUGGAGGCUGAUGAUGCCAUCUCCAAACUCAAGCAGAGAGAAGGAGGCGUGCCAGAGGACGAGAUCCGAGCCCGGAACAUGCGCCGUGCGGCAGAGCUUCGGGCGCUUCAACACGAGAACAGCCAGCUGAGCCGCGUCCUGUCCAAGAGCAAGGCCAUGGUCAUGUGGAAAAGCACCAAGAUUAAGGGAGACUUCCACAAGUCUAUCUCUGAGCUGCAGAAGGAGGUGUCCAAGAACAAGAAGGAAUGUCUGCAGAUUAAGAUGAACGCUGAAGAGGAGGUCAUCUUACUUCGACAGCAACAGCUCGCACUCCGCAAGGCCCUCCAACAGUCGGAGCAGGAAUAUCUCGCCAUCAAGAAGAAGGUGGAGCAGGAGGAGAAGGAGAAAAAGGAGCGUGAGCACAUGGAGCUUCAGCGGGCCCGCAGCAAAAAACAGCUGGAGUCAGCAAAAACUUCCAACAUUGAGAAACUGCUGGAUGAGCUGGAGGAUAAGGACCAGCGGCUGCGGCACCUGACAGAGGAGCAGGAGAAAACCAGCAAGCUGAGCCGGCUGAGCAUGGAGCGAGCAGAGAAAACUGUCAGCCAGAUCAAGUCACAGCUCGACCACGAGAGGAACCUGAAACUAGACGCCUUCCAGCGUGUAGAUGAGCUGCAGGCACAGGUCUACGACUUUGAGAGCGGGGUGGUGCCGCGGCCGUACACAGCCAACACCACCGUCUCUCGGCAGACGUCCACCCGGACCCCCCAGCCCAGGGUACGCUCAGGGAAGAGCAGGUCCAGCGGCUUUAGUGACAUUUCCCUGUGGCCCACAUCCAGCGGCCCGCUGUGGCCGCCUGCAGCCGGCCCGGGGCCCAUCCGAUCCCUCACCCCUGGACCUCCUGCCAAGCCCAACGGGGUGGCCAAACUGCAACGGCCCAAAACUGUAACUGGACGUUUGAAGAGCCGCAUUGCUGAGAGCCUGAUAGCAGAGUUGGAGAGAAGUACCGAGGACACCUUGGUACAACUUCAGCAGCUGCAGCAUCAGAAGUAACACCUCAGUGCAACUAUAGCCUCUUCAGUAUCAGAAAAGUACAGAGGGCAUCUUUGUGUAACUCCGUUAUCAGAAGUAGAGGCUCAACAUAUGUUUAAGAAUACUCCUGGUCAUUUUAAACAAGGCUGACAAUCUGGACUAUAUGAUAAGGUCCUUACCACUAACUUAAAGAAAGGACAUUGAUUAAUAAAUUGUAAAAUGGGCACAACAGUUUCGAAUUUCAUAUGGCAUGUGCUCCUGUGCACUCAGUAACAAAUGCAGUUGGAAUGCAGGGCUUGACUUUGGAAAAUGACAUUCUCUAUUUAAAGCAAGACAGAAGGCAUUUAUCAUUAGCAUUAUUUUGUGCUAUAAUUGUAAUUUGCAGAAUAAGGUUAAUCUAUAGUUCAAACUGUGACCACUCUAGAAAAUAGUCACAGUAGACAGGUAGGCACAAGACAAGAUUCUUAUUGCCAGGAUCAGUGGGAAAAUAAUAUAAGGGGUAAAGGCACCACCAAGAAGUGGCCACAAUGGCCAAGUGGUCCUCAUGCAGAUUUGGUCACUUAGGUACAGAUUGUACAUGAGACCAGUAUAUCUUGAUGUUCUAUGAACAAUUUUGUGUCUUCCUGUGUGUCUCUUUCUAGUCUCCCCUUUUCACUUUUUGUUAAACUUUUGGACCAAAGUGUUGUUUUUUGUGGGCUUCCAUUUUUCAAUUUGUCUUCCGCUUGUUGCUAUUAUUGUGCAAGUUUUUGUGUAAAAAUUGAAUGUCUACCUAUAAUGUUGCACUAUGAGUUUAUUACUGUAUGUAAGAGUCUGUAAAUGUUUGUUGUGUCCAGACAAAGCUUUAUUCUUAGUAAAAAAAAUCUUCCACAAUGAUACAAUUAGUCAAGAAUUUUAGCUAGGAUGUGUAAUCAAAGACCUGAAAUACAGCAACAUCUUCUUAUUGUACAUAGGAAAACUGAUGUCAAU